CAAAUAUCGGUCUAUCAAUAGAAUCGACAGGUCUGGACAUGUCGUGGAUUUCCGCGUCUUUGGGGCGUCGGGAUUUAAAUACAUGUAUGAUGACAUCCUUUCAACUUAUUCCAGCUCUACUCACGAACGUCAACGGUGCUGAAGACGCUGCUGAUUCAUUUGGCUCCGGUGUUUAGUAUUCAUGCCCAGAUUUUAAGCUCGGGCCGAGGUAUUAUUCGAACCAUGAUGGCAAGGACACCUGCAGAUUCGUCGGCGGCAAGACCACCUUUCUUCAGUCCCGAUGGAUUGCGCUGUCACUAUGCCGAGCUUGGAGCGGUAUCAUUGUCUCCGGAUGUAACCAAAGAAACCGACAUCGAGCAUUUGCAAGCCCAGGGCAAUAAAUUGUGUGACCUACCGGCGGAACUGUGCAAAUUAGAUCAAUUGAUAGAGCUCGAAAUACAACAAAAUAAUUUCAAAACGCUCCCCAAUGUAGUCUGUGAGUUGCCAUCCCUGAGUCUCCUCAGAGCAUCGAAGAAUUUCCUACAGUCACUGCCACCUGGACUUAAAAAACUUAUGAAACUCAAAGCUAUAGAACUGGACGAUAACGCUUUCACAGAGUUCCCGACUGUUCUAACUGAAAUAAAGAGCUUGAAAAUUCUCAUUCUCGAUUCAAACUUCCUUAUAUCGCUGCCUGUCGAAAUCGGUAUGAUGGAUAAACAACUGACGCAUCUCAGUUUAGGUAAGAACCAACUGAGGGCGCUACCCGAUGAUGUAUGCAACCUCAAACAUUUGACACACCUCAACGUAAGUUACAACAUGUUGGAAACACUGCCGAACAAUUUUGGAAAUCUGAAGAAACUACGCGAAUUGUAUCUACAUUCGAACCGCAUUACAGUCUUGCCAACCAGUAUUCUGCAUCUUACCAAUCUGGUUACGAUGACACUGCAGAAUAAUUUCCUCUCCCAGUUGCCGCCGGGUUUCAGUUCAUGUCUGAAAAAGAUCACGUACCUCUCUGUUGACCAGAUACCAGAAGCGCACACACCAGUCUCUGCAUGUGACGUCAGAAUUCAAGGAGUAAGGCAUUGCGAAGGAGGAGCAAGCAAGGAGAGAGUUUUUCGGAUUCGCCCUGAUGCCUCGGAUGUCACGCAAUCAACAGGACCAACAAGUGGCCUCAGAAAACGACGUGCCCCGAACGAGAAGGAACCGACAGACAAAGUUACGAAGAAGGGAACACGCACAAGGAGGAGUAACAGAAAUUUGAAUAAGAAACCAAAGUAACAGCAAGACGUUUAGCACGUUAUGCACUAGAGAAUACAGUGUAUUUCAGCAUAACAGUUAUCCUAGGUUUCCAGUGUAUUUAUUCAUACAAUCGUUCUCCAUUUCAUAUAUAUGGUUGUUUACUUUACUACGCGUUUUGUUCAGUUAUCUUUCGUAGUCACGAUGUUAAAGCGGGAGGGUCGUCACCUGCUCGCGCGCAGAAAUUGAGUCCCAAGCGACGAUAACAACGCAUGCUAAGAACGUAGGGGCUCAUGGGUACUAGAGAUUUGUCCGUAACAGUCGCACGUUAUAUGGCUGUCUGUCGUAUGCGUAGGUGACGACCCACCCGCUUCAGAACGAAAAUCAAAGUAGAACCUGCUGAAAGAAUGAAAUAAAACAUGUUUGUGGCGCUCUCCUUA